UAAUAUAGGGUUAUACUAGUAAGAUAUGUCUUCGCAAAACAAGAAAAUUAAACUAAAUGGUGCGACAGAAAUUACCGAUCGCCUUAUCAAAGAAUGUACAAAAGCGAGGGAAUUUUCUUACUCGCCAUAUAGCAAAUUUCGUGUCGGCGCUGCUCUUCUGACUGAUGAUGAUGUUUUAUUCACUGGCUGCAAUGUGGAAAAUGCGAGCUACGGACUCUCUAUCUGUGCUGAGAGAACUGCCAUCGUGAAAGCUGUUAGCUCUGGCUACACCAAGUUCAAAGAAAUUGCGGUAUCAACGGAUAUGRCUGAAUUUGGUUCGCCUUGUGGAGCGUGUAGACAGUUUAUAGCUGAAUUUGGCCUGGACAUUAUUGUACAUUUAGUGAAUAGAGACAUGGAUUGUCAGACUACUACCUCUGGUGAUCUACUUCCACAAGCAUUUACCCCUAAAGACCUUGAAAGACAUGCAAAACAGCUGAACGUCAACUGAGAAUACUCGACCCGGACUGGGUAAUCAGUGUUCCAAUAUUACUUCAUUGCGUAAAAACAURGAAUGUYUGUGUUGUGUUCCAAAUAUGCAAUGAAACAUUUUUACCUCUUAUUUUUUGCUAUUCGUAAUUUAUUCAAAGUCACUUUCUAACAUAUGGUUGUUUUAAAUGUAGUAUUUAUUAAGGAGUGUAAAAAAAACUGUGAGAGGCCWUGUUAAUAAGUUGAGCAAUACUUAUAWACAUAACAACCUACASAACAAARGAAUGACAGGUCACUUGGUGACCGAACAAUAUCAAGAUUAACAUAGRCUCUUCAGCYAUUCARUAAAACCAUGACCCAGAACUUGUAUGAAAUUCUUUCAUAAUGUCGCCACAUUCAUGUUGAAAAAUGAUCAAUUUGGUAAAAACG